AUGCCGCAACUAUCUCCGAGCCGCGUCUCAUGCCGAAGGGGAACAUGUCUCGCGUCUUGUAUCGAGUCAUCAUGUGUGCCGAAGAGAACUACGACGCAUCCUGUGUUGUGCCGAAGAGGAAAGCACCGGGACGCAUCCUGUGCCAAAGAGGAUCGUUCCAGGUCGCAUCCCGUGCCAAAGAGGAUUGUACCAGGACGCGUAACAUGCCAAAGAAGAUCGUGUCAAGCCGCGUCCCGUGCCGAAGAAGAUCGUGCCGAAGAGGAUUGUGUUGGGCCGUAUCCCGUGCCUAAGAGGAUCAUACCGGGCCGCAUCCCAUGCCGAAAGGAGUGCGCCGUGCCGUGUCCUGUGCCAAAGAAAAGCGUGCUAAAGUCUCUUCGACUAUAUUGA